CUAAGUUUUCAGACGCAGACGAAGUGGGGGGGUGGGGUCUGUCUAUAUAAACAUCCCUCGUUCACUUGACAACAGUGUUUAGGGAAGUUCCAAAGUGCGUGUCUAAACUGGAGUGAAACGCAGCCCCGGUUGUUACAGAGGGGAAGAGAGUCAAACUUUACUGAGGCAAUCACAUAGAAGAUAGCCAAAUGCAGCAGCAAGCCAGCAACAGCAGAGAGCUUGUGAGCGCGCCCAGACGCUGAUGACGUCUGCGACUGCGCUGACUGCAGCGCCAGCUGCCGCCAGACUAAAAGAUGACUGUGAGGAUGCCCAUCAAUGCAAAUCCAAAAAGCAAAUGGCCCACAUUGGGUCACAUCCUGGGUAAACUCAGUCCAGCGGGUUCAAUACCUCAGGACGUCAAACGUACAAUGUUGUACCUCUUAACAGCACUAGCGAUUUUGCAGAUUACAGUGGGAAUCCUCAACAUCGUAACAGGGAUUUUGUUUGCAAACUGGGGGAUACAUGAUUACAUUAUGAAGUUUUAUGGUCCCUAUUGGCUUGGUGCUGUGUUCCUCAUAUCUGGAAUUAUGACUCUUCUUGUAUGCUUCUAUUUGAGUAAAGUUUUGGAAAUCUUAGCUUUGAUCCUAAACCAAGCCAGUGCUUUUCUGGCUUUGAUGGGUGUUGCAUUGUACUCAUGGGAUUUGGCGAGGGCGAGCUAUUAUUCAGCCAAUGAUUAUUCAGCAACACUCAUUCAAGAACAGAUGAAGGGAGCUGAUGCCUUUCUGUACUUUGAGGAUUUAAAUGUGAUGUCUCGAAAGAAGCUAGAUGCCAUGAUGAUAGCUUUGGCUGUUCUUCAGCUCUGCAUAAAUGUCUAUUUUAUUGUCAUGUCAGUGAGAGCAUUUGUCAAGAAGAAUUCUGCAGAAGACCCUCAACUUCACAAACUGCUCCGAGAAGACACCACCGGCAAUCCUGCAUGAGUGACACAAGCAUAAAAAAAAUCAUUUUAUUAAAUCAGAUACCACUUAGAAGUCACUUUAAAUUGCAAACUGUGGAGUUUUUCGUUUUGUAUUUUGUGCAUUUUUUGUAUAUUUCACGUCUGGAUUAGUUGUGAUUCUGAGCACCGUGCAUAACAAUAAACACACUUGUUUUCUGGGC